AUGGCAUGCCCUUAUGGUUACGGUUCUUCAUCUUCCGAAGGUCUUUCGAGUCAAGUGAGAUUUGAUGAUGGAAAUGAAGAAAGUCAGGAAGGAGUUAACAAAGUUGAACUAGGAUUUGGACAAACUUAUUCCGAAUAUUUACAGGUAACUACUGGAAGCAGAAAAUAACUUGAACUUGAGAUUUUCGAGAAAAAUGCUUUGAAGUUGUUUUUGACCAAAUGACCAGAAAAAUUUCAUUUGGAAAAUCUCGAGUUCCAGUUGCAAAUUCUCUCAUCCUUAAAUUUCUCCAAAAUAUCAUUUUUCAGCUUGAUAAAGUAUUGACAGCGCAAAGAUUAUAUUCUGAAAUGGAUGGAAGAAUAGUGGAUGAUGAACAUUUAUUUAUAAUAAUUCAUCAAGCUCACGAACUAUGGUUUAAGCAAAUUAUUUUCGAUUUAGACGCAAUUAGAGCCUUAUUAAAUAACGACGUGGUUGAUGAGACAAAAACUCUGAAAAUAGUCUCGAAACUCGAUCGAAUUGUAAAAAUCUUCAGUCUUCUCACCGAACAAAUCACACUUUUGGAUACAAUGAGUCCAUUGGAUUUUGUCGAUUUUCGAAAGUAUUUGACACCCUCAUCUGGUUUUCAAUCAUUACAAUUUCGAAUUUUGGAGAAUAAGUUGGGUGUGAGACAAGAAAGAAGAAUUCGAUAUAAUGCACAACAUUAUAAGAAUGUUUUUAAAGAGCAAGAAUUGAGCACUUUGAAUGCUUCGGAAGAUGAACCAAGUUUAUUGGUUCUAAUUGAGGUGGAGUCUAGGAUUUAUCUCUGUGAACUUUUUAUAAAUUAAUAUUUUUAGAGUUGGCUGGCUCGUACACCUGGUCUCAAAGCGACUGAAAAUCACCAAGGAUUCUGGGAGCAAUAUGAAGCAAGUGUUCAAACAUAUCUUGAUCAUAUGUUAAAACAAGCUGAAGAACCAACAAACACUGAAGAAGUUCGAAAACAAUUAAUUGCUGAAUAUCAUAAGAACAAGGAUUCUUUCGCUUCAGUUUUAGAUCCACAUUUGCAUGAACAACAAAUUCGAAAUGGUAAUCGACUAUUAUCGCAUGAUGCGACAAAAGGAGCUAUGAUGAUUUAUUUCUAUAGAGAUAUGCCAAGAUUUUCGCAACCUUAUCAGAUUUUGACAUUUUUAAUGGAUAUUGAUAGUUUAUUUACAAAGUGGAGAUGUGAGUUUGUUUAAGGAUUGGGGGAAGGAACUCACAAUCAGGAAAUCUUAAGUUGAAAAGCUGGAUUCUCAAAAAGUAGUAGAAAAUUACACUACUUGCAAUAUCCGUGCACACACGCCAUAAUUUGAAUCCAUCUCACAUUAGUGUUUUUUUUAUUAUGGGGAAUAUAUUUCAGACAAUCACGUACUUCUUGUUCAACGCAUGUUAGGAGCUAAACAAGGAACCGGCGGAAGUUCCGGAUACAUGUAUCUCCGAAGUACAGUCAGUGAUCGCUACAAAGUAUUCCUUGAUUUGUUCAAUCUCUCAACCUGGCUGAUUCCACGUGAAUAUAUUCCAACACUUUCUCCACACAUGGUCAAAACACUUUCAGAACAUACACAUCUUCAUAAUUCACAAUCUGAAAGUGAAUAA